CGCUUAAUGAAAGGUUUCAUUUUUAUUUUAUUUUCGAUGCGUAAACGUAAAUUAAUUUAUUUCUUACGAAAAGUUGCAUUUUAACAAUGCAAAAAGUGCCACAGGGUAAUGGGCCAAUGAAAUUAUCCGGAAACAUCAUCUUAACCGCUACAAAACCACCAGUAUCAAAUAUCCCGAAACACAAGCCAUUAAACAACUUUCAACAGACACUACCAAGAUACAAUCCACCACCAAAUCCGUUAAAUAGUAAUAAUCUGCCAAGACGUAUACAAGGAAGAUAUUCAACAGGAACUGCGACGUCAUUAAUUACAUCGCCUGGAACUCAUCAAACACCACUUGCAUCGCCAGCAUUAUCUACAACGUCAACAGCUAUUUCAGCGCCUGAAAAUUCACAAAAAUCUCAUUUACAAUAUCCUUCCAGACUUAGAACAGACAUGCUUAAAUUUCAAGUUAGAAAAUCAGAAACAGAAUCAAAUAAUACAAAUACACCGCCAUCUGCGACAUCGCAUACAUCAACAAAUGCUCAGAUCCAGAGCUUAAUUGGUGAAUUACGUGCCUUAAAAGAAGCUAACGCUCGUUUAAUAGACGACAAUCAAGAAUUACGUGAUCUCUGCUGCUUCCUUGAUGAUGAUCGACAAAAAGGACGAAAGUUAGCGAGAGAAUGGAAUCGCUUUGGAAAAUAUACAGCAUCCGUUAUGCGAUCAGAGGUCCAAUCAUAUCAAAAUAAGCUUCGGCAGCUUGACGAGAAGCAGCAGGAGCUUAUAAGAGAUAAUUUAGAAUUGAAAGAGUUGUGCCUUUAUCUUGAUGAGGAACGAUCAAGGAUGAGUACGUUAUGUGCCAGCUGUGGAGCAACUACGACACUUAUGAGAGAUGAUGGUGAUGGAUCUAGUUCCGAUGAGCACAUCACACGAUAUCUCCCGGAAUACAAUGUACGGCCAUCAGCUGGAACCUCAGAAAGCCGAACGACAACAGCAGAUCAAACACUUAAUUAUGUGAGAAGUUUGGAACAAAAAAUUCGUGAGCUUGAACAAGAAAAAUCACAGCCUGAGACACAAUUACAUAAACGGCCAGAAGCUAUAAUCAAAUCACUUCAGUUACUUGAAAUCAGAGAGCAGCUGGAACGAGCGAAUAACUCAAAUGAGCCGCUCGUUCGCGAGAUGUACAACAAAGUUUUAAAGAAGCUCGAAGACACAUCACAUGAUAAUUGAAAAUUAUUAUUAUUAUAUUAAUCGUAUUUAAUUAAGUUAAACUUGUUCUUCCCUUAUAUCCUAUUUAAUCCACAACUAGCAUCUCAUCUCAUCUAUCCAUUCCUAACAAAUCCUCAAAAUGUAUUUCUUCAAGUGUCAAAAAUAAGGAAUUAAUUGAAAG